AUGGUGUCCAAUGUCUACUGUCCGUUUUGUGGGGUGAUCCUGCUGCCCGAUCCGGAUUGGGAUGGUCCAGACUCCCCACAGUCCGGCGCCCGCCCUUGGUACGCGCAGGUUCGGGGUAUCUACUCGACCAAUCCUGCCGUCGAUCACAUCAAAACUACUGGGGUAGGAAUAGUACGCGGUCGGAAAACCCUCCAUGCACCACUGGACAGCAAUCAAGUCUACGGCGAUGUAGAACCUGAUGACCUGGAUGAAUGGAGGCUUUGCGAACGAUCGGAUAGCCAAUGGUGCUUUGGAUUUCAUGAGUCCUGUUGGAAACUGCUCAUCCUUAGGCUCCAGCAUGGGCGAGUCGAAUCGCCAUCACUAACAGACGUGGCAAUUGCCGAAAUGGUCUUCUACCAACUCUACUGCACUCCGUGCCUCGAAGGCUCCAUCUUCCACUUCGGCCAUGACUAUGCGGGCGCUGCGCAAACACAUAGAAUUCGCGGGCGGAUACAGCCGGUGGAUUUGGACUCCCAUCUUUAUGCCGACCCCUGUGCGAUCGCUGUUCUGGCUAAUCCGACUGAUUCCAUUCCUGCUUCUGAGAAUUCGAUGAGCAGGUCAGGGAGAUACUUGUCGCACCAUAACUCAAGAGUAGGAAGCCUUACAGAGGUGGGGCAAAGGAGGUAUCAUGCCUUUAGCAGCCUCUCAAAUGAGCUGCUGCUUGAGAUCUUUUCAUAUGUACCCUUUGAACAGCUUCUCACUCUGAGACUCGUAUGCCGCGACCUAGCGGUACUCGCAGAUAUAUCUAUGCUCCCCCAGUCGUAUUGGCGGAGUAGGUUCCUUCUGGGCCAGGAGGCUGACUUUGUCUUCCCCUGUCUUUCAGAAACACAAGAUUGGUUCAAACUUUUCUUCGCUACGAGGGCAUCUUUGAAAGCUGCCACGCCACCACUAGUCAAUCGAAAGAGAAUCCGGGACCUACUGGAGCCCAUGGCGUCCCUUGCGGACCUAGACUCCAUUUUUCGACGCGGUCCCGGCGGACUGGACUAUUUUCCGGCGCCAAUGCGAGGGAACGACUUCACUCUGGUUGAUAUUGAAGCGGGCCCACAGCUAGCGAAGGCUGUGGGCUACUUUUCAGGUCAGCUGGCAUAUAAUGAUGAGGAUUGCCCCCUACAAGAGGGAUGUCGUGUGCUCUAUCGAAAGGCACAGCCCUUCAUGUUCCCGCAGGAAAAGCACAGAAGACGAAUUGGUAUAUCAACUGUCAAGAUCGGCGCACGGCGGUUUAUUUCUGGUAUCAAUCUAUUCCCGUCGGACGAAGGCAACUGUGUUGGUCGAUUGAUUGGUUACCGCGAUCCAGGUACUGAAACCUGUAUAGACGUGCCGAAGAACCUCUUCAUCAAGGCGUUUCGCGUGGCAUUUUGCUCGGAAGGCUUGAUGGGGAUCCAGUUACAAUACGGUAACUCAGCUUCAUCAUGCUGGCUUGGUGAUAGCAACGGCCCAGGGAUGGCUCAGGGAACACUGCAGAUUCCGAAAAGACCAAACCAGUACCACUUGCUGGCCGACGUAGACCGGUUUAAGAUUGUUUCACUUGGUCUUACUGAAUCGACUGAUGCCCAUCAGGGGUCUUUGCAUCGUUCUCCUUCGGACGUGAAGGACUCGCUUCGCACGCAUUCCCAGUUGUGGGCUCCUCAUGCACCCAUGUAUGAGGGUUUGUCUCUCAGCCUUCUCUUACCGCCUGAGCCACCCCGUGCCUUUGAACCGUUGUCGAAUAUGGACUUCGGUGGCCCAGGAGGUAGAUAUCUGAUGUCCUUGACCAGACUGGACUUUCACAUGACAUCUUACCCCCACCCUCUUAUAGGCAUGGGCUAUCACUACGCCGACGGAAAGUCGGUUUUCUUUGGUUCUACUGGUGGUUGUGCCAUUUCGAUUCCCAUCAAUGGCCCAGAUGGCGAACGUAUCAGCGGGGUAAGCAUUGUGGAAGACAAUCGUGACUUCGUUCAAUCUGAAGGGCUUGGUGGGCUACAGGUGUCAACAAACUAUGGGCGAUCUGUUAUACUGGCUCCCCUUUGCUAUCGGCUCAAAGCAUCCAUUACACCGAUACCAAGCUUGCCGCUCGGUCAUCACAUCACAGGAUUUGUCGCCCACCAGAAGACAUACGGAACCCAAUUUAUCCAACUCGGUAUCCAAUCACAAUUCUGUGACGGACCACCCACGAUCCCACACAUCAUAGACCGCGAGUGUCAUCAGGUGCCGGAUGAUCAAAUCCGAUACGAUGAGAAAUUCUCUCAUUUUAUCAACAGCACCAAUCCAGGUAACUAUCAAACUUAUGCAUCACUAAAGGGAAUCCGGAAAAUUCAGGCAUCCGCUGGCAUCUCAGGUUGGUCACGCCCACCAACAGGCAUCUCCGGCCUGAAGCUUGAGUAUUACAACCAUCCUAGUCCAGCCAUUGUUGGACAGUGGAUGAAGGAACUUAAAGAUGGGUUUGAUAUAUCACCAGACGAAGAAAUCCAAUCAGUCACCGUAUGGAUCACUCCUCUGGGCUUUUCUGCCGAGUCUCCGGGGUUGGAAGUGGGUCAAGUCGCAGCCAUACGCUUUGAAACAACAUGUGCGCGCAGUGUGACUUUCCGAUCUCCGCACUCUCAUUCCCUCCCCGCCACUGGAAUGAUACGAAAUGAAUACCAACGUUGCUUCGAUGAGGAUCUAACAGCUAUGUCAUGGAUCUUCAAUGAAUCUUCGGACCGCGUCCGAGCAGUAAAUUCUCCCUACAAAAACCAGAGACCUCAAAUACUUGUCCCAGAAGUCUCUCCCCCUUUUGACCAGGUACGGAAGCUCUACUUCGAGACACGGAAUGACAACACCACCCCCGAAAGGAUAGUCACCGUCGAGGCCUACUUUCGAGGCCGCGCAAUCAUCGGACUGCUCUUCGUCUAUACAUCAGGCCUCAUGGCAAGCACGGGUGAUAUAGACACCGACUCCCAAGCCGUUCAUAUUGCACGGGAUGGUGAUAUUGUCGGUAUGUCAGCUACAGUCGCAGGGUCCGAGCUGGUUGAGAUUGACUUCGAGGUCGAAUACAACAAAUCGCCCACAUGCCAGAGGCUUAGUCUCGCCUUCGAACCGCCCUACACCCUGGAAACAGCUGUGGACUAUGGGUGGCGAGAUGUAUGGUGUAAGGAUAGGGCAGCUGUGGAUUGCACCACCCGGCAGCGCGGGAGCGACCAAGUAUACGUGGCCCCGAGCAACUCAAGGCUUACUGGAAUCUACGUUGGGUGCCAGAAGUUCAGCAACGUGGGGGCAAUAUACGAGCCAGUUAUUUCCCAAUAG